GGGAAAUCCACCCGAAUAGGCAGGAACGAGCCCAUCCCGCCGCGGUCUGUCACUCACUUACUUUUCACUCUCUGGAGACGAGGUUUUGGCUCAAUGAAGCUGAAAAAAGAGAGUCAGAGAAAGGCUAUUGUGCUAUUGUUGCAAUCAUCCACCACAACAGCCUCUUCUCUCAUCUAUCCCAAAUUAAUUCCUUCCUCCCCCUUCAUUCACUGGCUGAGUUCACUCCUUUCUAAGUAUACACUUCCAUAUACAUACAUACAAUACACACCACCACCACCUCCUCCUCCACCAGUCCUUCUAUCUUCCUAUCUAGACGGCUAUCACCACCAAGCCUCCUACCACGGGAACAAACUGGCGAGAUUUCGCCCCUCGUGGGUCUCCUUCACGGCUCAUUGCAGCUGGUCUUUAUCCCUCAGAACCACAACCCCCAGCAUCAUCGCUCUACCGGUUCUGGUCAUCUAUUCAGUUGAAUUCACAGUUGACUUCUGUUGUCUGGAACGGUUGAGCCGUGAGGGUUUGUUGGCUGGCUCGCUCGCUCGCUCCUCUUCGUCUUCCCUCCCUCCCUCACCAAGAAACCCUCCUCCUCCUCCUCCAGCAACCGCUGAUAGAUUCCUGCUCAUCCGGUAAGGCAAUCAAUCCUCUCUUUAUCCGCUCAUUUUCUUCAUCCUUCUUUUCCCUUUUUUAAUCAUCAUCGUCGUCUUCAUCAUCCCAACCACCCCCCCAUCAUCUUUUCCCCCCAUCGUCAUCUCCAUCUCCAUGCUUCCCUGUCCUCUUGUCUCCACUCCUCCCCCCAAGUCGGCCACUCAGAUUUAAUCCCUUUUCACGCAGGGAACUCUAGCUGGACGGC